CACACCUUCCCUCCAAAAUCCACAGCAGUAAUACUAGCUACUCUCGUUCCCUUUGCUCCUCGUUGAUCUCCUCAAAGGUUAGGAGCGGCUACGAGCACGUCCCAUGGCCACUGCGUGGGAUGUUGUCGCUGCUGGCUGGGUCGUAACCGUAGCUGGAUGGUUGGCGACUCCCCUCAUCACCUUGCUCCUGCCCAAGAUCCUCUCCUACUUCGGCUUCGACGCGUCCAAGAAGCUCCAGGAGCUAAAGAUCCACACCAUCCCGGAGCUGAAGAAGACGCUGCAGGCCUUGGAUCAGGAGAGGAUGAUGCAGGGAGGAAAGAGGGUGAAAACCGAUUUGGACGCCCUCGACAUGAUGGCGGCCAUGCUGAGGCAUGCUCUCGAGGACGCCGAAGACAUCUUCGACGAUGCUCAGCACAGGUGCGUCCUUAGGUGCUGGCAUCACCUCCGCCACGCUUUCUCUGCUUGUGUUGCCCUCUGCAAAAGCAGCUGCAUCUGGAUUGCAUGCAUCGCCCGGACAAAAUCCGCUGGGCUACUGCAGUGGGCACGAGACCUUUCCUUGUCUUUGUUCCUCCGACGCACGCCACAGGAGACUAUUCCGGUGAAUAUAAGUGAUGCAGUCUCAGACGAGCCCGUUCAAGUGACUAUAGAUAUUCCGGCCUCUGAUGGUGAGCCCUAUCCAAUAACUAUAGGUGUUGUGGCCUAUGAGACCGUUCCGGUACCUGCCGGUGCUGCGGCCUCAGGCGAGCCUGAUCCAAUGACUACCGGUGCUACUGCCACUGACAAUGAGACUGUUCUUGUGAGUACCGGUGUUGCAGCCUCAGUGGAGCCCGAUCCAGUGAAUACUAGUGCUACCAGCUCUGACGAUGAGACUGUUUCGGUGACUACCGGUGCUGUGGCCUCAGGUAAGCCUGAUCUGGUGACUGCCAGUGCUGCGGGCUCAGACGAUGAGAUCACUCAUGUGACUAUUGGUGCUGCAGCUUUCGACAAGCCUGAUCCGGUGACUGUCAGUGCGGCGGUCUCAGACGAUGAGAUCGUUCCGGUGACUACUGGUGUCGCAGCCUCCGACAAGCCUGAUCUGGUGACUCCCAGUGCUACGGUCUCAGACGAUGAGAUCAUUCCGGUGACUACUAGUGAUGCAGCCUCGGACAAGCCUGGUCUGGUGAUUGCCAGUGUUGCGGUCGCAGACGAUGAGAUCGUUCCGUUGACUGUAUGUCCUACGCUCUCACACGCUGAGAUCGUUCCGGUGAGUACCGGUGAUGUGGCCUCCUAUAAUCUUGACCCGGUAACUACCGCUGCUGAGGCCUCUGACGAUGAGAUCGUUCUCGUGACUACACCCUCAGAUUCCUUGUCGAGGCGGUGGCUCUCUUUCCUGUGCAGCUCGUUCGACUUCUUCAAGAACUCUUGUGCAUCACUAUACAGCUGGUUAGCUCAUGUGUUUGAGGCUGCCUGCUUUUACAGAGACUGGUCAUAUCAAGUGGUCGGCAUCAAAAAAUGCCAGGAGAAUGCCUCCUUAUUUGAUAUGUCAGAUAUGUUCUCUACUGCUAUAUCAAGAGUGAAACUGAAGAAAAGAAUACAGAAGGUAGAAACCGCCGUCAGUGAUGUGAAGAAGUCACCGCUCUUGGGUGUGGCAAGCAACACUGCACCAAAUGAUAUUGCCAACAAGAACAGGAGCAGAAUUAGAACUGCUAGCAAGCGGAAGGUAUUUGGUCGAGAGGCCUUGCGUAAUAAUAUCAUGGCAAAGCUCCACAAGACAUCACCGAGCUUGGGUACUAGUCCAUGUUACUCGGUGAUCGGCAUAUAUGGUGUUGCAGGAUCUGGGAAGACUACCUUUGCACGAUAUACUCAAGAUUACAUAGAGGAGGAAUGCAAGGAGGAGAAACUUUUCGAUACCAUCAUGUGCAUUCAUGUGUCCGAGACUUUUAGUGUGGAUGAUAUAUUUCAUCAAAUGCUGAAGGAUAUUACCAAAGAUCGGCAGUCCAAUAUUUCAGAUCGUGGAGAGCUGGAAGAGAAGUUGAAGGAAGAGUUGUGUGGCAAGCGUUUCUUCUUGAUAUUGGAUGAUCUCUGGGUGAAAAACAAGCACGACUCACAAUUGGAGGAACUAAUCUCUCCGCUUAUUGUUGGGGCGAAAGGAAGUAGAAUACUGGUGACAGCUCGAACAAAAGAUGCAGCUGGUGCUCUAUGUGCCAAUGAACUUAUUAAAAUGCCUGGUUUGGAUGAGGAUCAAUACUUGAAGAUGUUUAUGCAUUAUGCAUUGGAUGGUACAAGUUGUGCUCAUGAAGAAUUUAUCUCAGUUGGGAGAGAGAUUGCCAAAAAGCUACACCAAUCACCUAUUGCAGCAGUAAUAGUUGCAGGACGGCUUGGGGCAAACCCAAAUAUCAGUUUUUGGAAAAAUGUUGCAAAGCUUGACAUGUUGAAUGACACCAUGGAUGCUCUUUGGUGGAGCUAUAAGCAGCUUAAUCCAGACAUCAGGCGAUGCUUUGAAUUCUGCAAUAUUUUCCCCAGAAGAUUCAAACUGGAAAAAGACCAAUUAGUCCACCUGUGGAUAGCACAAGGGUUUGUAAAGACUAGUUGUGCAGUAGAGGAGAUGGAAGAUGUAGCCGAGGGCUACAUUCAUGAGUUAGUGUCAUGCUCAUUUCUGCAACCAGAAGUAGAUGAUUUCUCUGAAGAAGAAUACUUUACAAUUCAUGAUCUGCUGCAAGACUUAUUAGCCAAGGUUGCUGGAAGUGAUUGCUUCAGAAUUGAGAAUGCAAGGGGCCAUGGAGGAGAAGGCUGGAAGGGAGAUGUCCCUCGAGAUGUCCGACAUCUUUUUGUUCAGAAUUAUGAUGGAGAAUUGAUUACUAAGAAGAUCCUUGGAUUGGAAAAUUUACGGACUCUCAUCAUUGAUGUUGUUGAAGAGGAUACACCAGUUGAGGAAAAAGUCAUUGAGAUUAUAUGCAAGAAGCUGCCAAAAUUGCGGGUACUAGCCGUUGCUUUCAGCAAGAAACAUCAUGGAAUCAGGAAACCCAAUAAGUUCUCGGUCCCAACAUCUAUUGCUCAGUUAAAGCACCUACGCUAUCUUGCUUUCAGGACAUACCACUCAUGCUUUGUAACUUUACCAAGAACACUAACUAAACUUCACCAUAUCCAGCUGCUAGAUUUUUACGAGGGCCUAAUGUUGGAAUUCCCCUUUGCUGACGUUGUCAACUUGCGGCACAUGUUCUGCAUGCCAUACUUGAGAUCCCCUAACUUGGGCAAGCUGAUCUCACUCCAAACGCUACCAUGCUUCAUAGUAAGGAAUCAACAGGGUUAUGAGAUAAGGCAGUUGAGGGACCUGAAAAAGCUUCGUGGACUGUUGAUCAGAGGCCUUGAAAGUGUUAAAAGCAAGGAGGAAGCUCUUGAAGCCAAUCUAGCUGCCAAGGAACAGCUCACAGAACUGAAGUUGGUAUGGUUUGGUGAUAAUGAUACAAGGUGCAGUCCAGAAGUUGAAGCAGAGGUACUUGAGGGCCUGUGCCCUCCCGUGGGGCCUCAAGAACUUCAUAUAUUUGGAUACAAAGGUUCAAGGUACCCAGAUUGGAUGGUGCGUAAGCAGAGCGGUGGCCCAGAGGGCCUAGGAAAUCUUUAUCUCAUAAGAUGCAACCAACUGGUACCUAGUCUUCAAUUUGAAGCCUUCCCUCAUCUUCGUGUGCUCCAGAUUUCGUUCUGCAGCUGGGACUCGUUACCGGGCAACAUGGAGCACCUGACGUUACUCAAGAAACUGGAUAUCGUGGGAUGUGAGAAUAUCCGGUCUCUUCCAACACUGCCCCAGUCUAUUGAGAAAUUGUAUCUUGCUGAGUGCAACAAUGAGUUGAUGAAGUCUUGUCAAAGAGUGGGACAUCCAAACUGGCAAAAGAUUGAGCACAUCCCCAUGAAAAUUAUUGGGUGAUCCUGCAAGUAAGAAUGUAAUCCCUUCUGCUGCCUUGUUUUUCCAUUUUGUACGUGUGAACAUUGCCUCUGUCUAUAGUGGACGAUCUGCUACUAACUCGGCUUAUUUUUGUUAAUCCAUUUGCUAAUGGUUGACGCUUCAGAAAGGCAGUGAAAAACAUCCGACGGUCUUGAAUGCCCAGCGAAACUGCAGGCUCGGCUGCCCUGGAUGGUGGUGACAGGUGUUAAAACUCUUAGCAGUUUGCUUGGUCUUAAAACUGCAACCUUGGAUGGUCAUCUUGCCGCGCCGUUGCUCGUCUGAGCUUGCUGUUCUGAGGUCGAGCUCUUAUUUUCUGUGUUUCGACGACUUGGAACAAACAAGUAGGAGUACACUUAGGAUAACUUGUUUGCUGAAGUGAUGGCCCUAGUGUUCAAUUUGAUUUGUCGCUACUAGUAUUUGUACUAUUCAGUAUCCAGUGUGAAUUCAGAUGAAUGUUUAUGCAACUGGGCGUUAUAUAAGUAGGAGCCUAAGUAUGUUGAGUAGCUUCUCACCUUGAUGGAUCAACUUGCCUGCCAAGGAGUGAUAAGCAUAAGCAGAGCAGAGGGUUGCGGCAUC